CACACGUGUGUUCCAUUCCUGGCUGAAACCCGUGGCGGAGUGUGUUCAUGUAACAAAGGUGAAAGUGUUUUAACACCUGUGGUGUUGCUUGUUACACUGUAAUAGUGUAAUGUGUAACAACAUCAUGCGGGGACAAACAAAGGCGGUAAUGCUACUGUAACACAUGAUGCUGUGAUGUUUUCAAAUGCACUUUGUUGUUGUAAAUCAAGUGUGCGGGUCAGGGUUGGAGCCGAUGUAGUCACUGAACUUCGUGCUUCACAUGAUGACACCACGACAUGGCAAUCCGUCAUUUGAUCUGUGACCUAUGACCUGGUUGAAAAGACUCGAUGUGCGCUACAACAUCCGGUGCUGCUUCCGGCUGCAAAUUUCUUGAAUAUCGUUACAGCCUGCAACUCUGUUUGACACCCACACUGUCGUGUGUAACAGGAGGUUGACCUGCAGCUGUAUUGGCGGUAUACCAGUAGGCAGGUUGACUGGCAACUGUAUUGCUAGGAUACCAGUAGGCAGGUUGACGGGCAGCUGUAUUGCCAGGAUAUCAGUAGGCAGGUUGACAGGAAGCUGUAUUGCCAGUAGGCAGGUUGACAGGAAGCUGUAUUGCCAGGAUACCAGUAGGCAGGUUGACGGGCAGCUGUAUUGUCAGGAUAUCAGUAGGCAGGUUGACGGGCAGCUGUAUUGCCAGAAUACCAGUAGGCAGGUUGACGGGCAGCUGUAUUGCUAGGAUAUCAGUAGGCAGGUUGACGGGCAGCUGUAUUGCCAGGAUAAUAUUCAGGCUGACGGGCAGCUGUAUUGCCAGGAUACCUGUAGGCAGGUUGACGGAUAGGUGUUGUCAGGAUACAGCUGUUACUGUUAGCCCUUUGACACCCACAGACAGGGUUGGUGUGGCUGCAGCUAAUGAGCUGCUACACCUGAGUGCAGUGCUCACAGUUUUGACAUCAACCGCUAAACGACUCAGGCUUUCAAGUGUCUUCUCUUAUCCUCAUGUUUGAAGACGAAGCAAGAACAAAUAAUGUGUAAAUGCGUGUUGAUGUACAUAGACCUUGUGUGUGAGUGGUUCACCGGUCGACAAUCAUUGCAUGAACUGUUUAUUUAUAGACGAUGGCUUACUUGAACUGAGUCAAACAUUCCGUGUUGUCCGUACGUCUAAAUCGCAGUUAAUUAACAAAUGUUUGUAUAAACUGCAAACAAAAUCGCGAAAACAACUGGGAGCCGUAAACAAUAACGGCACAAACGCAGUUUCUUUCUCGAGGAAUAUCCGGGGCUUUCUUCACGGUGUGUCACGUGUGUCCCAGCGCGUCACAACAAGUUUUUUUGCCAGCAGCAGGCUACACGAGCUGCGCGUGGGCUGGAAUCACUGGCCUUUACACUGACACAUCAACUCAGCUGCGCCGUGCGACUAGUCUUCGUUGGUUGACUGCCAUGAAUAUUUCAUGCUCCACACCCGACUUCUGGAAAGCGGGUGUCAGAUCCAAGGUAGAUAACUCACCAUCGCUAGCCUCUCCCCUCUCUCCUCCUUCACAUCCAUGGCUUAGCGAACCAAGUGUCUGGCGUUGCCAUAGCUACCGCGAUCGAUGGAAUAAUGAGGGUGUGGGUGGAGGCGGGAGGGGAGAACAUGUGCGGGUGGGAGGUGGUCGUAGCGUGCGUAAAUAGUCGUGACGUCACUGCGCCUGCUGCGCAGCUGCUGCUGCUUGUAGUGGCAGGCUGGCGGUGCUGCACGUGGCUGGGUUUUGCAGCGGAUGGUCUUGUUGCUGCUGCAGCAGCUGAUGCUGGCGUGUGUGGUUCGGUCACUCCUCGCUAACAGUCGACAGAAGCUCUUCACCCUUGUCCUCCGACUUAUCCGCUCCACCUCUCCUCCGUCUGUCCGGUUCUGGUGCCUGGCGCGUCCUUGACCUUACAUCUCCCCCCCUCUUGCCUCCCACUCCUCCCCCACCCCACCCUCAUCCCCGCAAUUGUCUUCCCCGCAAGCCUGCCGUAGGCCCCCCCUCCCGCGCGUGGUGUGCAGGCAGUGACGCAAUGCCUAGUGCUGUGUGUGGGGGAGGCAAAGAGGAACUCGCUGUACGUCACUUGUCGUCUGCAACACCCGCACGUCACGCGUCGUCACCGCCACUAGACGUGCAUGUCGUCAUCAGUCGCUGCUGUUGGUGUUGGUGCGGGUGGUAGCUGCUGCUGCUGCUGGGGGUAGCCUUGGUGUAGGUGUGCGGCAGCAGUGCUGUGCGGCGGUGAGGCGGGAGGAGCGACUGCAGCCAGCGUGCAGCACGGGGGUGCGUGGGGCGGGGAGGGCGGGGAGGGUUACAGCAGUCGUCAAGCAGAGCAGUGCUGUGCGGCCGGCCUGCUGUUGAUGGUGCGGCUACGGCCCACUGCAGGCACAUUGCUGCUGCAGCUACAACAGCCCGUGUGGUGUGGUUCACAGUUCACACAGGGUGGUUGUAGCUGACCGGUCGCGCAGCCCUGAGUCAUAAACUUCAUUCGGUGAGCCACUCACGAGCAGCUCAUCAGGCGAGACUGGGAUCACUGACCGCAUCUGCUGACGCACACAGAGCCUGGGACUGACCCUCGUCACGUCACUUCCUUCGUCACUGGCUGCCAUCAGGACGUUACUCGCCUCGGGAUUCCCGGAUCUUCCCGAUCAUUCUCUGUCACGGUGAUUGCCGGCCUUUCGUGAACAUAACGGAGUGACGUUCCUAGCAGGUUGGGCGGCGGAGGCUCAGCGUCCCGGACAAGUGACGUAACGAUGUGACUAACCCCUGGAAGACAAGGACAGACCUCAACUUACGGAAGAAAAAGAACAAGAAGGUUCCAGGGCAUGGCGAUGAUGUGAUGCUCACCCUUUGCUGAUCAAGGGCUGGCACUGCAGCACCGGGACACUCGGAAAUCACCCAGUCUCCGUGUCUGGCGGCAUUGUCUUCAUGUAGCGGGGAGACAGUCCCAGCUGAAGGGCCAUGACUGUGUCACGGUGCUGACGACGUCAGACCACCUGUGUAGUCGUUGACGGUCAUUGUGACGACGGUGACGUCAGCAAGCGCGUUGGCACUCGUCCCAGCAGCAGCAGCAGCAGCAGCAGCGGCGUAGCCCGGGGCGGGGGAUGAUGCGGCCCUAAUGUGCUGCGGGGGCGCAGCAUGGGUUGUGGUCGCAGUCGACACAGCUCACCCACCCUCACCGCCGACGCCCUGGCUUUCAAGGGGGACAACAAAGAGAAUCGUAGGGGAGGCAAGCGCCAAAAGUUGUCUGACAAAAAUAACUCAAAAGCAGCUGUCAAACAUGAAUCUUCAGCCACGCCCACAAAAACGACUAAUGGCAAAACGGGGGGAGCUAAAGGCGAGUCGGUACAAAAGGGUGGAGGCAGCAAGCAACAAGGAGGUGGAGCCAAGCAGCAGGGAGGCCGAGCCAAGCCCGAGGAGGCUGGAGCCCGGCGUGAGUGGCAGUUGGAGGAGGCGGUGGAAGCCUCGGAGACUGUCAUGGCGGUGUACAGGUCUUCGGUCCCUGCAUCCACUCGCACCUCCCAGCAGGCAGCUGCCGCCGCCACCGCUGCCGUCACUACUAGCACCAACAUCAUCACUAGCACCACCACAACCUCCAGUGUCAACGGUUCCCUCAUUAAUGGCGCCCACCACCGCCCUACUGCACAAGAGAUCUCAGUGCCAGACAAAACUGCACACAAGGACAGGGCAGCCUCUGCACCUAGCAACGCCAAGCCUGUACAUGUCACCAGCAGUCAGCUAGAAUUCUUCCGUAUGCUGGACGAAAAGAUUGAAGGGGUAGGUAUAUGCAUGUUUGAAAGGAUUUUAUCAUGUAGAGGAGAUAAAUAUUACCACAAAGGAAACAUGCAGGACUUGUCUUAAAGUUACAAGGGUUUUUCUGAAGAUGGGAGGAGCUAUGUUCUAUAAAAAUAGGGAGGAUUGGUUAUGCCAUUGUCUGCAACAUUCAGAAAUGUGAAGCAACAGUGAUCAGGCCCUAGUUAGCCAUUCAGAGAGUUGGAAGAGUUCAAACAUAGCUUGUAGGAAUAAGCAAUCGUAUAUUUAACAGCCACUUAGGCUGCUUAGCUCAGUAAACAUGAAGAUAUUUCAGGGUAUGAUGACAGUGCUUAUCUUGCAGGGUCCUGAUUACAUCUCCGACGAUGACUGACCCGUUGUCCCCCAACAAGUGUGCAUGCAAAGACAGCAAUUAAUGUGUUCCACAUUACGAUAGCUCACGAUGGACGUGUUCCACAUUUUGAUGACCCACAAACUGUGUCAUCACUGUGCAAAAGAUUUUACUCAGCUCAUAGUGUAAAUCUAUGUACAGCUUGUGUGAUCAUACCAAUCUCAGUCUGGAUUAAAAUGCUUUCAAGACAA